AUGCUGGUUCAACAAAGCCUGAGGCUUCACGUGGAAGUGUGUCUUCUACCUCUGCAGGUCUGCUUCAUUUAUAAACACGGCUUCAUUGCUGAGUUCUCCAACACCAACAGCAUUGCCCGCAUCCAACCAACCAAGCACGUUGCCAAAACUUCAGUCGUUCUAUCUAGUUCUGCUGCAGAUGUACCAGCCCCAGCCCCAUCUUCGACAUCGGCAGUUAAGCCCAAGGCAUGCAAGAAACGUCGUAGGAAACGUUCACAAGGAAUGAUAUGA